ACAAGGAGCGCAGCCGGACUCCAGCCAACCUGUUCUGCUCGCGACAGCAGAAGCUGAGGCACAAGCGGGAAGCGGGCACGCGCCGCUCGGAUCUGACUUCGUCCGCUUCGCCGCAGCUCGUCUGUCUGCCUGUUGUCAUGGAGGAGCCAAGAUGGCGGUCCUGGCCUAUAACCUAGGCAAACGGGAAAUAAAUCAAUAUUUCAGCAUCAAAAAUGCAAAACUGCUGUCUGUCGCCGCCGUCGUCCUUCUCACUGUGUUCCACACGGCUUCUCGACAUUAUGGAGGCAGUGACACAUGUGACUGGCUUUUAUCCAGUGGACGUUUUUUAGGGGACAAUGUAUGGCAGCCCUAUGGCUGCAUGCUACACAAGUACAAAAGCACUGAAGCAAAGUUUUGCCUCAGAGAGAAGAGAAUAGCAUUUGUAGGAGACUCUAGAAUACGUCAGCUCUUCUAUUCCUUUAUCAAAAUGAUCAAUCCUGAGGUGAAAGAAGUUGGGAACAAGCAUGAAAACAUCCCUUUUGUAGAUGGUGAUUCCACUGUCGACUUCCUGUGGUAUGCUGAAGUGAACAAUCCCUUGAAGGAGCAGUUGAUGUUAUGGACAGAGGGAUCUGCUUCUAAACCACAUGUCGUCAUCAUCGGUGCUGCUACGUGGUCCAUUAAGUUGCACAAUGGCAAGAGUGAGGCUCUCUUUCAGUACAAAGCGAACCUCACGGCUAUAUCCGACACACUGGAAAAGCUAGCUGAGCACAGCGAGGUCUAUUGGGUUCUGCAAGAUCCUGUUUAUGAGGAUGUACUAAGUGACAGUCGAAAGAUGAUCACAAACGAGCAGAUAAAUCUGUACAAUGAGGCAGCGGUUGGUACUCUGAAUACCAGCAAAAAGAAGGUCAAGUUCUUAGAGGCCUCUCGGCAAGCUGCUUUGGAGACCAUUUCCCAGUCGGUGGAUGGCUUGCACCUUCCUGAGAGCACAAGAGAUGUUGGCGCCAUGGUUCUGAUGAACUCCAUAUGCAACAAGAUCCUAAAGCCCAUUGACGGCUCUUGCUGUCAGAGCGCUCCUCCCCUAAGCAUCCUUCAGAAGAUAGCUGUUGGUCUCUUCCUGCUGUCCAUCAUCAUCUUCCUCAUCCUGGGCUAUAGUAGACAUCGUAAGAGCAGACCUGUUCCUGAUGUGGAGAGCGGAGAGGACAAGAAACCCCCUGUUGUUGUGGGUCAACUGAACUCAAAGGGACCUUUACUGGCCAUUGGCAAAAUGAGCCUUAUCAUGUUGUACUUCUACCUGUGUGACAGGGCAGAUAUCUUUAUGAAGGAACAGAAAUUCUAUACACAUUCUACCUUUUUCAUCCCUCUCAUCUACAUCUUCGUUCUGGGCAUCUUCUACAGUGAGAACAGCAAAGAGACUAAACUCCUGAACAGAGAGCAAACAGAUGAAUGGAAGGGCUGGAUGCAGCUGGUUAUCCUUAUUUACCACUUUUCUGGAGCUAGCACUUUUAUACCUGUGUACAUGCAUGUCCGUGUCCUGGUAGCUGCGUAUCUCUUCCAAACAGGAUAUGGACACUUCUCGUUCUUCUGGUUAAAGGGAGACUUUGGACUUUACAGAGUGUGUCAGGUUCUCUUCAGGCUUAACUUCCUUGUGGUGGUUCUGUGUCUGGUUAUGGACCGGCCUUACCAGUUUUACUACUUUGUGCCUCUUGUCACUUUUUGGUUUGCAGUUAUUUACGCAACAAUGGCAUUGUGGCCACAGAUUCUUCAGAAGCAAGCUAAUGGUAGUGCAUUCUGGAAUCUGGCACUAUUGUUGAAACUUCUGGGUUUGCUUCUUUUCAUCUGCUUCUUUGCGUACUCACAGGAACUCUUUGAGGCUGUUUUCUCUUUGUGGCCCGUUUCAAAGCUCUUUGAGCUGCAAGGUAGCAUCCAUGAGUGGUGGUUCAGGUGGAAACUAGAUCGAUUUGCUGUGAUCAAUGGGAUGCUCUUUGCCUUCAUAUAUCUGCUGCUGCAGAAAUGUCAGCUGCUGUCUGAAGGCAAAGGAGAGCCUCUCUUCUCCAACAAGAUUUCCAACUGUCUGCUCUUCGUCUCUGUGGUGUCAUUUAUGACAUACUCCAUAUGGGCCAGUGGGUGCAAAAACAAGUCUGAGUGUAAUGAGAUGCAUCCAUACAUAUCUGUUGUCCAGAUUCUGGCUUUCAUUUUGAUCCGGAAUAUUCCUGGUUACGCUCGCUCUUUGUACAGCUCAUUCUUUGCAUGGUUUGGAAAGAUCUCCCUUGAGCUCUUCAUAUGCCAGUAUCAUAUUUGGCUGGCAGCGGACACCAAGGGCAUCCUGGUCCUCAUUCCUGGAAACCCCACUUUAAACAUUAUCGUCAGCACAUUCAUCUUUGUCUGUAUAGCUCAUGAGAUCUCCCAGAUCACCAAUGACUUGGCCCAGGUGGCCAUUCCUAAAGAGAGCGGGCCUCUACUGAAGAGACUGCUGGGGGCAGGGGUCUUUCUAGGUUUGGUACUGAUACUGUCUCGAAACGAGUAAUCCAGGGCAACCAGAGACAGUAGCACACCUCGUCCGGUGAGGAUCCUAAUGGAUCUGUCUGUAUAAAAUCAAGAAACUCAACCAGCUUAGAAAAAAACAAAAUUUCUAGGAAUUGAUCCAGGGAAUUCUUACGGCAUGGGUCUGUACACCUGUGCUCUGCCCUCUCAUAGCUCUGAGAUCUGUUUUAUGGACAGUAUUUAAUAAUUUAUGUUUCUCUUUUAUAUGGGGUUAUGUGUUUGUGUGUCCUCAUUGUCUCCCAGUUCUCAGUUUUCGUACACGACACCCAUGACUGCAAAAUGUGAAGAAGUAAUACAUUGCUGCUUCUCACCUUGUAAAACUGAAAAAACUACAUCGGCUCGUGCGCCAAAUGUUUCCAUACAAACAAUUAUUUGCAUUCAUAUCACACCAGCAGCUUUAUCCUUUAGGUGAACAACCUCUCGUGAAGAUUAUUGAAAGGCGAACAUCCAUUUCCAUGCCAUCAUAAAAUCUUAAUGGGAGUGAAUUUGGUUCCCACUACAAAUGGAAUCCAUAAGCAUGUACUGCUUCCAUCAGAAUGUUUUCCAGAAGUCGAUUGUUUUGCUCCGUUAAUUUUGGGUGGAUGCUGGAGGAACAGCUUUUGAUAUAAAAAGUAAACUUGAAUUAUUAAGACAAAAGAAGUCAUGCGCAUUGAUCAGACGCAAUCAGAACACGAUGCCCCCUUUCGAUUGCACUGAGCGUCUUCCCUGCAGACUUUGAGUCGUCUGAGCCAGUUAUCGUUUGGUUUUCUUACCACAUGGGUUCACUCAGUUCAUAAGAAUACAGCUUAAUGUUAGAGCCAGCUUUGUCUACGAUCAGAGACCUCAUUAUUUAUUGUUUAAUAUAUGUCUUCAUAUCCUCUCAAACUGCUUGAAAUGCGGCAACUGAUGCCCGAUGUUCAUGUUCAGUUUAAUGUAUUUUUUAAAAAUAUAUUACAUGUAAAAAAAGUUAAAUUUAAUUAUCGGUUUUCUGAUAAUGCUGUAAAUAGAUCCUUCAUCUUGUGCCAUUGAGAGACAAAGGCGUAUUGUUUCAAUAGUGGUACUUCAUUCUAGAUAAAAUAUACUGACAUUUUGGUUGAGAAGUUGCAUUUACUAUGAAACUAUCCCAAUUUUAAAUCUACUUUUCAUUGCAGUUCAAUAUGUGAAUUUAAAAGCAACUGCAAGGUAUAUUCAUAUUUUUUUUCAUCAGUGAAAAUGCUUUUUUUUUUCUCUAAGCAAAAUAAAAUCUGUAGUGUGCCAUUA